ACCGUCUUGGCCUUUAGUCAGGCCACUCCAACCAACUCUCGUACAACACAUUGCUAAAUCCAUCUUCAACGCUACCACUGUCGGCGGUAGAACUGACGAAGUUGAAAAGCUAAACUGGUUGGGCUCUGCUCUCCGUCUCACGAAAUCAUUGCUUAUCGAUCACGAAGCUGACGCUCUCUCCCAUCUGCCCAUUCCCCCAAAACAGCCAGCAGCGGAACCACUUCCUUGUUCAGUUCUCUUGGUUUUUCAACCUUGGCAAAGCUGGCACAACCAGACGGGCUAUUUUCGCGUUAGUUCUCUAAGUCGGACGUUCACAUUCAAGCGGUCGGUUUGCACACAAUGGCAUUUCCCGAUGUUAGCUCGGAUGAAGGGGAAAUCGCAGAGGCAACUCCCCUGCCUCACUCUAAGUUGAACGGUGAUAUUGACCGGACCGGCAGACCAAGAGCUAGACUCGAGCGCACUCCCGAACCCUCCAAGCUCCCUGACCAUCGUCAGUCACCCAGAGUCGGACACGCCCGCCAAGGCUCCUUCAGUCGUCACAGCAGGUCGCCACGCUCGCCUCCCCCUCCGCGUUCGCCCAGGGGCUUCAAGCGUUCGCGCGAUGAUGAUCGUCAUGACCGAGACCGAGACCGGGACCGUCGCGAUCCCCGACACUUCCGCGUUCACUACGACGAUGAUAGAGGAAGUAGCCGGUACCGCGACCUAGAUCGUCCGCCCUCGCGCGACUCGCUGAAUUAUAAUGACGACUGGUCAUCUUCGGCCCGUAACCGGUACGGCUCAUCCAGGGACGCCCCUCCGCCCACUCGUCCGUCCGCCGACCGUGUAGAUGACCGUGGCCGUGACCGCGAGCUACUGGAUUACGACCGCGAGCGCGACCACGAUUCAUAUUCCGCCAAGAGGCCUCGCAAUAACAGAAGCAGAUCUCCAAGGGGCGGUCGCCGCGACAACAAUAACAGAGGACGGCGUGACAACAGGGGUCGUGUCGUUACGUUUCAGCCAGAAGGAACCUACAAAGAUGGCAAGGAUGACAGGCGUGGGCAAGAAAUGUCUAAAGGAAAUACUCACACGGCGGCUGCUUAUUCUACCAAGGAAAAUGCUAAAUCUGGUCAGGGUGUUCCGGUUGAACGAGGUGUCAAGGAACUAGCUAUCGCACAGGACGGUCCACCUCAACAGGAGGCAUCCAAAGAACCCGAACCCGACAUGGACUGGGACCCGUCUGAGGCGUUGGACGAGGAAGCUCGUGUCCAGGCCGAGAUCGAGCGGCGGAGACGCGCCAGGCAGGCAGCUCUUCAGCGCGGUCUGGGUGCGGCAAGCCCCAGUGUCCAGUCAUUACAAGGUGAUAAGCCAUCGCCCACCCCCUCGUCGAGCCGUUUCAAUACCCCCGCUCCCCAGAAGACAGAGCCCAGCAGUCCCAAGUCGAGGAAUGUUACCAUGUCGCCUACCCAGUCACCCGCCCAGGUGCCGGACACCAUGUCUCCUUCUGCGUUCAACUUCUUCCUGGCAGAGCAAGAUCUUGCGAGAGCCAAUGGAAACGAUAAAGUGGAAGUUGAUGGUCCCUCUGCCGCUGAUUAUGAUCCUACCGCUGAUAUGAAGGAAGACGAGCGCCGUGACGAGCUGCGUCACGGACAUGUUGGCUUGCAUGGAGAAGCUAAACAUCCUGCUCUGGCAGAUGUUGCCAAAGAAGAGCAAAAUGAUGAGGAAAAGCAGCCUGAGAAAGGAGGAGACGACGACGACGAUGAGUUUGACAUGUUCGCAGACGAUUUCGACGAAGAGAAGCUUGUGGCUCCUGCAGCUUCGAAGAAAGCUGGAAACGAUGGCCAGGCUAAUGUCGGCGGCGGUAAGCUCGAAGGUGACGAUAAAGACGGUUACUACAAGAUUAGGCCCGGCGAGCUGUUGGACGGACGAUACCAGUUGUCGACGGCUCUUGGUCGUGGAAUGUUCUCGGGAGUCGCCCGCGCUUUGGACCUCACGACGCAGCAGACAGUUGCCAUUAAGAUCAUGCGUAACAACGACGCUUUGCGGAAGGGCGGUUUCACUGAAAUUGCCAUCCUACAGAAGCUGAAUGAAGCUGAUCCUGAGGACAAGAAGCAUAUCGUCAAGUUUGAGCGAUCCUUUGAGUAUAAGGGUCAUCUGUGCAUGGUUUUCGAAAAUUUGAGCAUGAACCUCCGCGAGGUGCUGAAGAAGUUCGGAAACAACGUUGGCAUCAACUUGCGUGCCACACGCGUUUACGCUUACCAGAUCUUCCUCGCUCUUGCCCAUAUGCGCAAGUGCAGCAUUAUCCAUGCUGACCUGAAGCCUGACAAUAUCUUGGUAAAUGAGGCACGCAAUCUUUUGAAGAUUUGUGACCUGGGUACGGCGAUCGACCGGUCUGACGCGGCCACGGCCUCGACGGAGGUGACACCGUAUCUCGUCAGUCGAUUCUACCGCGCGCCAGAAGUCAUCCUAGGCAUACCAUAUGACUACUCCGUAGACAUGUGGUCCAUUGGUUGCACCUUAUAUGAGCUGUACACGGGCAAGAUUCUAUUUACGGGCGACAGCAACAACCAGAUGUUGAAGACCAUCAUGGAGAUUCGUGGCAGACUGAACGCCAAAUUGUACCGCCGUGGUGAAUUAUGGGGCAUGCACUGGGACGACAUGGGCAACUUCCUCAGUGUCGAGCGGGACAAAGUCCUUGGAAAGACCACUGUCAAAACCCUGGCCACUGUUAAGCCGACCCGCGAUUUGCGGGCCCGUCUCGUGGCCGCCUCCAGCGGCAUGAGUGAUGCGGAAACCAAGGAGCUCAACCACUUUAUUGAUCUCCUCGAACGCUGCCUGGCGCUCAAUCCGGACAAGAGAAUCACGCCAUUGGAGGCCCUCAAGCAUCCCUUCUUCGGGCAGGCGGUGGCGGCAACGGCGGCAGGUCCGUCGGCCUCAAGUCACUUCUCACAUGGCCACGCUCAUGCGCAUGCGCAGCGCACGGCAGGUCAUGCUAGAGCUUAGGUAGUAGGCGGAUUGUGAGGCAUACGGGCAGCUGGCAACGAGUAGUGUGUCGGUAUACUAUAUCAUUUACAUAUUAAUUUUGUAUAUGGCGAGGCUCAUGCUGUGAGGCACGGCUUAGCAUUGAUACUUUAGUGUGCGCCAAGUACGAUAGGGGAAUUUCAUAGAGAUGUUACAAUGAGGUGAAU